UUGGGAAGGUAGACGGAGAGAGAUAAGGGAGACAAGAAAAGAACAAGAAAAAAAAAAGGUGUUAAUUUCAGGUUCUCUUCUUUGUUCCCUAUUAUUCCCUCAAAAAUCACAAUCAUUGUAACACUCAAAUCCCUUAAAGAACAUUCUUCUCCUGAUUCAAUCCUCCUCCAUACCCCUGGGAAUCUUACGAGCAAUUAAUUUAUAGUACAGACGGAUAGAUAUCUAUCUAUAUACACAAUAUGGGUCCGAGCAAGUUCCGAAAAGCCAUAGGGGCAGUGAAGGACCAAACGAGCAUCGGUCUAGCCAAAGUCGGGAGCAGCAACUCUCUCGCCGACCUCGAAGUCGCCAUCGUCAAAGCCACCCGUCACGAGGAAUACCCUCCCGACGAGCGCUACGUGCGCGAGAUCCUCAACCUCACCACAUACUCCCGAGCCUUCGUCUCCACUUGCGUCUCGACUGUCGCGCGGCGACUCAGCAAGACCCGCAACUGGGUCGUCGCCCUAAAGGCCCUAAUGCUCGUCCACCGUCUCCUCUCCGAGGGUGACUCGGCCUACGAGCAAGAGAUCUUCUUCGCAACGCGACGUGGGACCCGCCUACUCAACAUGUCCGACUUUCGCGACACUUCCGGAAAGUCCAAUGCUUGGGACUUCUCGGCCUUCGUUCGAACCUAUGCCCUUUACCUAGACGAGCAGCUCGAGUUCAAGGUGCAGGGUCGCAGGGCGAAACCCGGGGCUGCGUACGCCCAAUCGCCGUCCCCUGCCGAAGAGGAUACUGCUAAGGCGUUAGUCGUGAGGGGGACUCCCUUGCGCGAGAUGAAGAUCGACAGGAUUUUUUCCCGGGUCCAUCACCUCAUGCAGCUUCUUGAGCGAUUCUUGGCAUGCCGGCCGACAGGCGCGGCGAAGGAGAACAGGGUCGUGUGCGUGGCGCUGUACCCGAUCGUGAAGGAGAGCUUCCAGCUGUGCUACGACAUAACCGAGAUACUCGGCAUCCUCAUCGACCGCUUCAUGCAGCUCGAGAUUCCCGAGAUGGUCAAAGUCCACCACAUCUUCUCCCGAGUCUCGAAGCAGUACGACGAGCUCGACUCGUUCUACGCGUGGUGUAAAACGGUCGGCGUGGCACGAUCCUCCGAGUACCCAGACGUCGAGAAGAUCUCCCAGAAGAAGCUCGACAUGAUGGACGACUUUAUCCACGAGAAGUCCGCCCUAGAGCAGAACCGCCGGCCUGGAUCAGUCGAGCCAGAGCCCGAUCCAGAACCCGAGCCCGAGGCAGAACCGGACAUGAACUCAAUCAAGGCGUUGCCGCCGCCAGAAGAGUUUCCGGACGAAGAACUCGAGGAGGAGAAGAAGGAGAUGAAGGAAAUCAAGAAACCGAAGGAUGAGGAUAAAGAGAUGAGAAUCGCGCAAGAAGUCGGAGAUCUGCUGAAUCUCGGAGCGGACGGACCCACCACGGAGGAGCACGGCGAUAAGUUAGCGCUGGCUCUGUUCGACAGCGGCGGCCAGACAACGGCGGCGGGAUCUGGGAAGGCGCCGUGGGAGGCGUUCAAGGACUCGGGUGACUGGGAGACUGCAUUGGUCCAAUCGGCUAGCCACCUGUCGAACCAGGCGGCACGUCUGCCAGGUGGCAUGGACUCGAUGGUGCUGGACGGGAUGUACCAGCAGGGGAGGAUGACGCAGGCGGUGGCAAGCUCGGGGCUCGUGGCGACUGGGAGCGCGAGCAGCGUUGCGUACGGGUCGGCUGGGAGGCCGGCGAUGCUGGCGCUGCCGGCGCCGGCGGGAGGAGGAGAGACGAGCUCGUUUGCGGAUCCGUUCGCGGCGUCGCUGGGGAUAGCGCCGCCGGCGUAUGUGCAGAUGUCGGAGCUGGAGAAGAAGCAGAGGCUGCUGGUGGAGGAGCAGGUGAUGUGGCAGCAGUACGCGAGGGACGGGAUGCAAGGGCAGGUAGGGGGACUACAACAGCAGCACAAUGUGUACCCCUACAACACUAGAACGUUUUGAUUGAUUUAGUCAAUUGUGGGUUUUGGUUUGAAGAAAGGGAAAAGGAAAAUGGAGUUUGUGAUUUACGGAAGAGUAUGUUGUAUAAUGUAUGGAGAUGACAAGCGACAGAGUUUGAAAAUUUUUCGAGUUGUUCUUUGAUCUCCUUUCUCUGACAA